CAUCAUCUCCUCUUAUUUCUUCUCUCUCUCUCUCUCUCUCUUUCUCUCUCUCUCUCUAGGGUUUCUCUUCAGAGAAGAGAGAAUAAAAAAAUGGCGUCGGGUGGAAAGGUGUCUUUUAAAGUAACCCUAACAUCGGAUCCUAAGCUCCCAUUCAAAGUUUUCAGCGUUCCAGAGGCGGCGCCGUUCACUGCGGUGCUCAAAUUCGCCGCCGAGGAGUUUAAAGUCCCCCCUCAGACCAGCGCCAUCAUCACCAAUGAUGGUGUCGGUAUUAACCCUCAGCAAAGUGCAGGUAAUGUCUUUCUCAAACACGGUUCAGAGUUGCGUCUGAUACCUCGAGACAGAGUUGGAGCACCCCUUUUCUUCUGAUUGGCUGGUGUUUGAUAGCGCGUACUUUAAUGGAGAACAGUAAUACCUAUUACCAUGUGUAUUGAUUUUAUGGCCCGUGAUAAUGUAUGUAUAAGCUCGUAUGCCUGGCAAAAGAUGUUCCCGUACAAUAAUGAAUAAAACAGUAUCAUCCAAAAACUUUUACGUUACUAAAACAACAUCAGAUCUUGCCAGCUUCAAAUGUUUGUAGCUAUUUACGGAGUUCAUCUGUGGGCUUAUAGCGCAGCAUUGGACAGUUCAUAGUUUUGUUCAGAUACUGGUGCCUGUUUGCAAUGUCAAACUGUGACAUCUUGCUGCUUCUAUUAUCAGAAAUGGGUCAGGCGUUCGGUCGGUUUCUUUUGGGCAUCUAUGCAUGUUUAUCUGCUGGGGAGAAAGAUCCUUGUGGUAAUAAAUGUAUGAGUUUACAAGUACAAAGCUAAUCUAUGAUUAAAGGUACA